UUAUCAGAUAUUGCAAUUUUACCUUGGUUAUAUGUUCAAGACUACGCACACUUUUGCCGUGGAAAGUUGUAUGCAAAGGCACUGAUAUAUUCAUUUGUUGGCAGGCCUUUUGUCGAAUACAAAGGCACGGUUCCACAGACUGAAUUACAGAAGGAACUGGAGCUAGACAUUAAUAAAUUAAUAUCAAGAGGAGGGAAAGUUUGUGCUGCUGUUUUACCAUAUGAAGAAGCUGCUGAAAUGUGUGGUGGUUGCCUUCCUGAUUACAUUCCAAAGGGCAGCACGCCUCGCAUUCUGAGGCUUGGAGACUACCCCGGCUGCCCGUGUGGCGGCACCCAUGUUUCUGAUAUUUCAGACAUCAUAAGUGUUACA